AUGCGCCGGCGGCGUCUCCGUCGGUUCCUCUGGCGGUGCGUUCUCCCGAUCAGCAGCGGCGUACCUCGUCUCCUGAUCGUCGGCCCUCUCGUCCUCACUCCCCCUCGCCGCGUGACGAGCGGGAGUCGUCUCGACGCCGUCACGAUUCUCCUCGACGCCGCCAGUCCCAGUCGAGUUGGCAUGCCCACCGUGGUGGUCGCGGUGGGUGGAGGGGAGGUCGCAGUCGCGGGCGUGGCGGGCGCCCCUCCUCUUGCUCCCGCUGCAUCCGCCGCCGCUCCUGGAGCCCGCCCUCAGCAGGGACACGAUCUCCGCCUGCCGUGGGUACCUCCUGUGGCCGGCGUGGAAUUUGUGACCGCGGCAGGAGGAGUGGUGACGGCCCAGUAUCCGUCCCUCCUGCCCGUAGAUACUGCUCCCCCAGCUGCUGGUGUCGCGCAGCCAUUCCAGGCGUUGGUGGGUCCACUUCGUCACGCAAAAGUCCUAGUGGCAACCUUGGGGCAGCUGUGGCGUCUCUCUGAGAGCUUGCGGGCCGUUCUCCUGAUCCGGGUGUAUGGUCAAGCUGCUCUCUCCCGCGGGAACACUCUGGAUGGCGGCCCUCGGGACGAGUGUCUUGAUGCUGCCGACCAACUAGCGGAGCUCCUGGCGCCUGUGUUGGCUGCGCCCGCGAGGGGUGGAGUUGCGGGCAUAGGGCAGCUUGGUGCAGCUGACCGGGGCUUGCGGCGGUUAUUGCGCGCAGGCUCUGGAGCCAAUGCGAUCGCCGCAAGCACGUUGGUGGUGCGAGAGCUGCAUCGCACCUUGACGGGUCUUCUUGCCGUCCUUGACGCUGAUCAGAUGUAG